AGGCGAGAGGGAGGAGAACUGCCUAGCCAGUUUGCGUCACUGCUUCGGAGAGCAGAAGAAGAGAGCGAGCUGGGGAGAGCGAGACAAAUUUGGAGGGGAGGGCAGGCAGAGUCAGCGGCCCCCGAGGCUCUCCUCUCCCACCGCCCAUCUUUCUCCUCUCUUCUUCCCCAGCUCCUCUCUCUGCCUUUAACUUUCCCCCGAAAACUCCACUAGGCAAAGGAAGGAGGUAAGGGGAACCCUUUCCCCUCCCCCGUCCAAAAAACUUUUCCAUUCCGGAGAGAGCAGGGGACCGAGUGGGCACCCGCCUGGCCAUGGAGCUGCUGUGCUGCGAGAUGGACCGAGUCCGCAGGGCCGUGCCGGACGCCAACCUGCUCUACGACGACCGCAUUUUGCAGAACUUGCUCACCAUCGAGGAGCGCUACCUUCCCCAGUGCUCCUACUUCAAAUGCGUGCAGAAGGACAUCCAGCCCUACAUGCGCAGGAUGGUGGCCACCUGGAUGCUGGAGGUCUGUGAAGAACAGAAGUGUGAAGAGGAGGUCUUCCCUUUGGCCAUGAAUUACCUGGACCGCUUCUUGGCUGGAGUCCCCACUCCUAAGACCCACCUGCAGCUCCUGGGUGCUGUCUGCAUGUUCCUGGCCUCCAAGCUCAAGGAGACCAUCCCGCUGACGGCCGAAAAGUUGUGCAUUUACACCGACAACUCCAUCAAGCCUCAGGAGCUGCUGGAGUGGGAGCUGGUGGUGCUGGGGAAGUUGAAGUGGAACCUGGCUGCUGUCACCCCUCACGACUUCAUUGAGCACAUCCUGCGCAAGCUGCCGCAGCCCAAUGAGAAGUUGCCUUUGAUCCGCAAGCAUGCGCAGACCUUCAUUGCUCUGUGUGCCACUGACUUUAAGUUCGCCAUGUACCCACCAUCGAUGAUUGCAACUGGAAGUGUGGGAGCUGCCAUCUGUGGGCUCCAGCAGGAUGAGGACGUGAGCUCUCUCACUAGUGAUGCCCUGGUGGAACUGCUGGCCAAGAUCACUAAUACAGAUGUGGAUUGCCUCAAAGCCUGCCAGGAGCAGAUUGAGGUGGUGCUGCUCAAUAGCCUGCAGCAGUUCCGUCAGGACCAGGGGGAUGGAUCCAAGUCGGAGGAUGAACUGGACCAAGCCAGCACCCCUACAGAUGUGCGGGAUAUUGACCUGUGAGGAUGUCAGUCGGGCCGAAUGGGAGAGACAUGUUCAAAUCUGCUCUCUCCUUCUUUAUGGUUGUGUUUUGUUCUUUAUGUUUAGGAUAAAACUUAAAAAAAAAAUUCUGCCCCCACUUAGAUCAUAUUGAAAGGUCUUUUAGAAGUGAGAGACAAAGGUCCUAUAAAAGUGGAAUGAUUAAAAGCAUUUGGUGCCUAUUCAAAGUACAACAGGAGGGAAUCCCUUGUGUAUGUGGACAGUUAUUAUUUGAUUAUGUUAAAAGUAAUAGUAAAAUGCUUACAGAAAUACCUGCAGAGUAGCUAGAGAAAAUGUACGCCUGCAAUAUGGGAACAAAUUAGAGGAGACCUUUUUUUCAUGUUAACUAGCAUAUAUACACCCCCUUUAGGAUAAUUUCAAGGAACUGUGUAUGCUAUUUAUGGCAUGAUUAGAUUGCAAAGCAAUGAACUCAAGAAGGAAUUAGAAAUAAGGAGGGACAUGAUGGGGAGGGAGUACAAAGCAAUCUCUCAACAUGACUGAACCAUUUUGGAUGUAGAAGCACCUUUGCUCUCAACCACCUAUUAUUAAGUCAGCCACCUGUUGCUGGAUCUCUUGUUACGAACUCUUGCUGUCUACAGUAGCUGCUACCUAAAAAAGAUGUUUUAUUUUCCAGUUGGACACAGGCGAUUGGAUCCUGGGUUCCAUGUUUUUUGAUAUCUUGCUUCUUCUUCCAAACAUGGUUCAUUGUAGACACCACCACAUUUUUAUCUAAAGGGGCAAUCUAGCUCCAGGCCAUUACCAAACUCAUGAAACAGAGGCAGAUGGAGACCAAGGGUGGGAUCUGGAAUGGAAUCUUUUCUCUUACUGUAUUAAAGAGAGUAAUGUGACCUUGGCAUCCCUUAUUAGGAAACAACUAAUUUUUGGUGCUGAUUGGCAUGUCUGGUCCACAGUUUAGCAUUGUUAUAAACCAUUCCAUUCGAAAAGCACUUUGAAAAAUUGUUCCCGAGGGGUAGAUGGGAUGGUUUAUGCAAAUCAUGCUGAAUAGACUCCUCCCUUUUUCUCUGGUGCCCCUUCCCCACAUACACUCAGUCCAGGUACUAUUCACUUCUGGUAUCUGACAUUGUCUGGUACAUAGUUCUGGUGUCCCUGCGAGGACUCAAGAGAUACCCUUUUCCGCUGACAUUCCCAUCACAACAUUCCUCAGAAAAGCCUAAAAACAAAUAUCUGUUACCAUUUUGAUGGCAUAGAAGGAUCUUAAUUCCCACCUAUAUACUUCUCCUUUGGACAUGUAAAGAAAAAUUAUUGCUGGUGCAAAGACAGACAGCCAAACAUCAGUGUGGCAUUUUGUUCCCUUUUCCAUAUUUUAUUAAUUUCAUUGCAAAGUUGUA